AUGGAAGGUUUGGUCUCCCCAACUGAUUCUAUUUAAAUCAAUUGCAAAUUUAUAACAAGGUUAGAGAAACUAAGAAAACUUUUUGAUAAUAAUCUACAAUAGAAAAAUUAACAAAAUAUCCGAUCUUAAUAAUCUGAAAAUGGGAUCCCUGAUUGGGAUGAUAUCUUAAAUUGCUAUAAAGAUCUUGAAAAGUCACAUAAUGAGUUUAAUAUGACUAACAUUGGAAAAUAGAAAAAAGUGGAUGAUUAGGAAAUAGACUUCUUGAAAAUAAUUGUAGGACUGUAUUGCAAUACUCAUAAACUUCAGCCUAUAGUAAUGGUAUUUAUAAAUAUUAAUGUUUAGGAUGUUUAUGAUUGGGAUUAAGUAGGUUCAAUAUUAUUUAAUAGACAUUGGAAAGUAUGUAGAAGUAAAUGGAUGGAAAGUCAAUCAACUUCUAUAAUAGAUCAUCCUUGGUCUCGAGAAGAAGAUAAUAUAUUGGCUUAACUUUAUGAAAAAUAUGCAGAAUAGAAUAGAUAUAAUAAAUGGAGUUUAAUAUCUAUGGAAAUGAGUAAGCUUUGCAAGUCAAAUCAUGUUAGAUUGGGUAAACAAUGCAGAGAAAGAUGGAUUAAUAAGUUAAAUCCUUUAGUUGAAAAGUAUCUAAUUAUGUUAUAUUUUAGAGGUCCAUGGUACAAAGAGGAAGAAAUAAAAUUGUUAGUUGCUGUUCUCAAUUUUGGAAAGAAGUGGUCAUUGAUUUCAAGAACAGAUUUCAAUAAUUAAAGAACAGAAAAUUGCUUGAAAAAUAGAUUUCAUACAAUAAUGAAACGAGAAUCGUCAAAAUAUGAAAAGAACUAAACGCAAAAAUAAAAAGAAAAAUUAUAUAAAUUAAAACCAGAAGAUGAAUAAAAAUUAAUAGAGCAAAUUAUUCAAGAAUUAAGAGAUGAAUCCUUUCUUCAAUAAGAUUCUGAUUUAAGAAGAAAGCCUAGAAUGAAAUUUAAUAUUGGAUCGAUAGAUUAGGUUUUCGAUUUAAUUGAUAAUAAUAUUGACAAUACUUUUCAGAUUGCAAUAAUAAAGAAGAAUAAAAUAAAUGCAGUUUUAUGA